GGUACAGCAUGAAUUGUGUGGAAUAUUGCAUUUUUAUAGUGUAGCUCAUGAUAAAAAUGUAGGCUAUUAUGACAUAUUAUGUCAUUUUUCCUGCGGAGAAAUGAGGACAAGUGUCCAUGUAUUGAGGGGGGGGAAAUAUGAUGCAAUAAAAAUUCUUUUUGUCCUUGACCAUUUGUUUAGUCAGCACGUUUCACAAACUCAAUGUUGCAUGUUUAUCCAAAAUGAAGAAGCCUAUUAGCCGCCUAAUGUCAGGAAAUUAUGUCAUUGUUUCCGUGUUGUCCUGUAGUUUACAAGAGCUUCGUCCUGCUUUUCCGCGUUUUGAGGGAUGCGAGUCCUGCUGAGCUGCACAAACCCGCGCGGUGUCUGUACAGCGGGACUCAGUCCAGCGCUCGCCGCUCACCAGACAACAUGAACCGGCCGAUCAGAAAGGCUCAUUCGCUGCGCUGCUGCUCGAUGCUCGAGGUCAAGAGUAAAUAUGGUGCAGAGUUCAGGAGGUUUUCCGUGGAUCGCUACGAGCCUGGCAGAUAUAAAGACUUCUACAGACUCAUAGUGCGUUUACAUCAGCUAUGGCAUACGGACGUGUUUAUCGGAUAUGCAGAUGUUCACGGAGAGCUGCUGCCUAUCAAUAAUGAUGACAACUUCUGCAAAGCUGUGAGCUCCACACAGUCUUUACUGCGCAUCUUCAUACAGUUGCGAGAGGAAGCAGAGCAGUGCAGCGCCUGUCCUGAUGACAUGACCAAACGCAAGAAAUCCAUAAGCCACAGAAAACCAGCGUUUCAGAUCAGCAAACCACACAACUUCCGUCCCGUUUCCUCCAUCAUUGAUGUGGACCUCGUCCCGGAAUCCCACAGGAGAGUUCGCUUGUACCGGCAAAACUCAGACCGUCCUCUUGGCUUCUUUAUUCGCGAUGGCACCACAGUCACCGUCACUCCAUACGGCCUGGAGAAGCGCCCAGGGGUCUUCAUCUCCCGCAUUGUGCCCGGCGGACUGGCAGCCUGCACGGGUUUGCUAGCCCUCAACGACCAGGUCCUGGAGGUGAACGGUAUCGAGGUUUCAGGCAAGACUUUGGAUCAGGUGACGGAUAUGAUGAUCGCCAACAGCCACAAUCUCAUCAUCACAGUCAAACCUGCAAACCAGCACAACAACAUCACUCGCAAAAGCUGUGCUUCUUCAACAACGGGACAUUAUUUCGAGAGCACAGAGUCGGUUUGCUAUCCCGGUUUGCCAAUGAUAAUGAAAGCCUAUGGUUUUAAUGGCUCGGAGAGUGAAGAAGAUGUAGAUUUGGUCAUCGAGAGGCCUGUCAAACAUCAAUAUUCAUCUCCACAUGUUAGCACUUCAUACAGGCCUCAGGUUGCUCCCGGAAGGCCGAAUUCACUCCUUUCAGCAGCGUCUUUUCGCUCUCAACCUUGUCUUGCUUGCACUGGACACACCGGGCUAAGGAGUGUGAGCGACAGGCAGGAUUAUUAUGGGUUUAAAGCGGCCAUCAGACAGGAAAGCUGCAGCUCUGGUGAUGUUCGCAACUCAUGGCAGGUCGAUCUGAGUUCUCAUUUACUCCUGCCUCAGGGGGCGAUGGAGGAGGACGGGAUUGUUGUCUUUUUGUAGAAGAUAAACCUUCUGGAAGGACGACACCAAUUAGGG